AUGAAGCUCGGCCGCGGCAUUAACAUUGAGCACAUCAAGCGCAUGACGCUGCGCACCGUGCGCGAGAACACCGAGGGACAGCCCGAGACACUGUCGUUCCUCGAUGCACUGGAGCGCAACGACUUUGAUGAGACCCAGUGCAAACGCGAGGCGCGGCACAUGAUGCUCGUGCUGGACGAAAAGCGGAAGCGACGCGCGGCUGCACACCGGUCGACGCUGAACUUUCACGUGAUCCGGAUGAUGAAAGGGCACUACGAUCCGCGCCGCUAA